UGUUGAGAUCGACAUAAUGCAAAUUGCAUCAUCGUUGCUAAAGAAGGAAUACUUAAAUGAAGUAAAAUAUUUCCUAGUGCUGCAGCUUUUGUUUGGCGUUGCUCGUGUACAAUAUUAAGUGAAUUGUGAUGUGCUACUCAAGAGAAAGAAAAGGAAAGAAAAGAAAAACAUACAAAAUAGGACGAGGAAAAGUUAACAAUAGUUAUUUUCACAUUCGUUCUGCUCAUAAAAUCAGUGGAAUCAACAUUUUCUAGAUUUUCCUCACUAUUUCGAACAGAGUUGGUUUCAUGUCUUUGCUGUUCAAUUGCAGGACAUUGGCUGCUGCUGCAUACAUAAGCAGUCUGUAAAAUAAUGAGAUCCAACUCAGAUUCACAGCAUUUAAUGCUAUAUUUUUUUACAACAAUGAGAUUUUAUUUGUGAAGCAAUAAAAUGAAUUUGAAAGGAAGAAGUGAGGAAAAGCAUUUAAACUGCAUCAAUGCUAAAAAGAAAUGGAAUUGCCAAUACGAAAUGAACAUGACUUUAUCCGGAUACACCAUUAAAUUGCUAAGUUUACAUUCAUCCAAAGGAUAUAAAUGCAAAUUAAAAUACAAUUAAAUAGCGACUGUACCAGUAAAAUUAGUGAAAAUGUGGUGCAAAAAAUACUUGCGGCAUCUAACUCACGUCAAAAUGAAACAGAUCAUGACUGGAUGUACAUUCAAGUGUCCUCAACAUCAUAUUGUAAAAUAGUAAAUAGUCAUAACUAUCAUCAUCAUCAUGGGCAUCAGUGGUCGUUGUGUUCAGUAGAUAAAUUAAAAUUAAAUUUCAUCUAUUUAUUUGUGAGAAUAUUUUUACUCGACAAUGACUGGUGGCCAUUUUACAGUCGAUUAUUGCAGCUUAUUCACAUGUCCAAUAAUCGACAAUAUCAUCAACAAUGUGAAAGAUUUCAAUCACCUGCAGCAACAGAUAUUGUAACAAUAUUCUACAAAUACAGUCAUCAUCAAUCGUCGUUGUCGUCGUCGACAAUGUAUGGAGGAGCAUCGAAUAAAAAUUUAAUGAUCAAUAAAAGUUUCAUUUCCUUUUUGCAUCUCAAGACAACGUCAACAUUUUAUAUGAAAUUCUAUAAAAUUUUAUUGAAUUUAUUUUAUGGACAUUUUAACAGUCAAAUGUUGUUUCAUUAUUUGUGGUAUCAGCAGCAGCAUCUAGCAGCAUUCAAUCUGGAUAAUAGUGUUAAUGAAUUUUGUGAUUUGAGUACAAAUAGUGAAAAUCUUUUAUUUAUUAUAAAUGAAAAUGAUAAUAAUAAUGUUAAAUGUAUAAAAAAUAAUAAUAAUAAUAACAACAAGAACAUAAUAUAUGUCAAACAUGGAAUUGAGUAUCAUCGUUACGUAGUCAAAUCAACAACAUCAUCGUUAACGACUGAAAAGCUACGAAAUGGCUUAAGGACAUUAAAUUUUUUCUAUGGAAUUUUAUUGAUACAACGUCAUCUACUAUUAUGCAACAAUUACGAAUUUAGUAAUAAUCAGUGUGAAAGAAUCAACAAUUUAAUAAUGAGACAUCAGAUUUUAAGACAAUUGCUUGCACAUAAUCAAAUUGUGUUGUAUAUAACAUCGAUAUGCCAUUAUUCUCUUACAUUAAAAUUUUAUACAACUGACAGAUCGACACUCUCAAUUGAAAAUGGUAUUGCGGCUAUUACAACGAGUAGUAAUCAUAAACUGAAAAUGUCACAGGAUGAUAAUGACAAGUGCUAUCAUCAGCAGCAUCGAAACAGUCGCCAUAACGAGGAAGAGAAUGAAAAAUUUUCAAAUUACUUUCAGCACUUUCCACAUCGUCCAGUAUUUCGUUCAAAUGAUAGCGUUAAAAGCCAUUUGAAUGCAAUUCUAUUUCUCAUCAUUCUAUGUAUACCACUGCUAACAACAGCGGCAGCAUCAAGUGUUCAUAAUUUAAAAUAUAGUACGAAUGUAGUCAAAACCAAGUAUGGUCCGAUACGUGGCAUUGUGAUGAGACAGAAUCCGACUGUGGAGGGGUAUUUGGGAGUGCCCUACGCAACGCCACCGUUGGGCAGCCUAAGAUACAUGCCCCCAGUGACACCUUCAACAUGGAAAAAUACACGCUUAGCUGAUCAUUUUGCACCAGUAUGUCCGCAAACCGUGCCUGUUACUGAUACGGGAAUGGAAGCAUUGUUGGAAAUGCCAAGGGGACGUUUAGCACAGCUUCGUCGAAUGAAACCUUUGUUGGCAAAUUACUCAGAGGACUGUCUCUAUCUCAAUAUGUAUGUUCCACGUGAAGAUGAAUCAGGUGCCUCAAUAGAUAAGCCAAUGGCAACAUUAGUGUACAUUCAUGGAGAGUCAUACGAAUGGAAUUCUGGAAAUUUAUAUGAUGGAACUGUACUUGCUGCCCAUAGCAACAUAAUUGUUGUAACAAUAAAUUUUCGUUUAGGCAUUCUCGGAUUUUUAAAAACUGGCACAAAGGCAUCAUCUCAGGGAAAUUUUGGAUUAAUGGAUCUGGUUGCUGGCUUACAUUGGCUACGUGAAAACUUGCCAGCAUUUAAUGGCAAUCCAAAUAUGGUGACGCUAAUGGGACAUGGCCAUGGUGCUGCACUUGCAAAUAUUUUGAUAGUUUCGCCCGUAGCUAGUGAUUUGAUACAUCGUACAAUCUUGAUAAGUGGCUCAGCGUUAUCACCAUGGGCAAUACAGCGAGAUCCAUUGACGAUAAAGAAAAAGGUCGCAACUGAUACGGGUUGCCAUGGAGAUUUAUUAGACGAUGAUAUAGCACCGUGCUUAAGGAAGAAGUCCAUAUCAGAUUUGUUAGCUAUCAAAUUAGAUCCACCAAGAUUUCUGCCGGGUUUUGCCCCAUUCGUUGAUGGAACAGUUAUCGUUAAUCCUGCCAUAACGCCCAUCACGCCAAUUACGAUACCGAUGGGCGCAGCAAUUGCUGGCCCCGCCGGUAUCGAGUUAGCUGAUUUUCCCACGCGUCAACUGCUGUUUGCUGUGACAUCAAUAGAAUCAUAUCUCGACUUCAGUGCACAAGACUUAGAAUUUGGUUUUAACGAAACACGAAGAGAUCGUAUAUUACGAACGUAUGUUAGGAAUGCUUAUCAUUUUCAUUUGAAUGAAAUAUUUUCGGCCUUAAAAAAUGAAUACACAUACUGGGAACAGCCGCCCAGAAAUCAAUUGGGAUCGAGAGAUGCUGCCUUAGAGUUAUUGAGUGAUGGACACACAGUUGCGCCACUUGUACGAUUGGGUUAUUUACACAGUCUACGAGGUGGAAAGUCGUAUUUUAUGCAAUUUAAGCAUCGAACGAGCGAACGAGAUUUUCCACAGAGAUUUGGAACUGUACGUGGCGAAGAUGUGCCUUUCUGUUUCGGACUUCCAAUGACACCACUAUUUUCAUACAAUUACACGCAGCAAGACAUUCAAACUAGUAGAAUAUUAAUUCAUUAUUUGGCCAAUUUCAUAAAAACAGGGAAUCCCAAUGGUGAUGCAACGCCCUCAAAUAAGCAUUCAAUUGAAAUGGAUUCAUUGAAGCGAUUAGGUAGUACCAGUCAUUUAGUCGAAUCAUUACCAGCACCAUCGUCAUUACAAUCAUCAUCUGAUUUAUUGAUGUCUUCCCAAUUACUCCAUCAACAAGAGCCAAAUCAUGAGAAUCAACACCACAUAGACAUGUUAAAUAUUAGUAGUGCGAUAAGUAGGAACGUAAAUAUUGAUAAUGACAUCAGAAGCGGAAGCGUUGGAACUAGCAUUAUUGAGAAAGGAAAUGUUGAUAAUGAUAAGAUUGUUCUCGAGUCCAUACAAAGUCAGCAACAUCAAACGCAAUUCAUUUAUCACGCCUUAUCAUCCACAACUAAUCGACAUCGUAGAUCAUUAACAGGCGGCAUUGGAAGUAGUGACUUUAAGCAACAUCUCAUGAAACGAUAUAUUGUCAAAAGAAAUUUCCCAAAUAAUCAGUUAUCGAAAUCAACUGACGAUAUGAAUGAGGACGAUAGUAAUGAAAUAGAAUUGGAUGGAAUUGAUGAUGGAGAGAAUGAUGAUUAUGUUAAGGGAGAGGAUGAGGAGGAAGAGGAGAGUGAUGGAGAAAAUAAUAAAAAUGGUCAGCAUGAUCGUUUAGAUGAUGAUAAUAAUGAAAGUGAUUUAGUAAAAUCGAAAAUGGAUGUUCCAUACUGGGAUGCCUAUGAUACCGUAAAUCAAUUAUUUCUUGAGAUGAAUAUGAAGCCUGCUAUUAAAAAUCAUUAUCGCGGUCAUAAAUUAUCAAUGUGGCUGAGUCUCAUACCGCAAAUUCAUUCACCUGGAGAUUCACCGGAUCUAUCAAUGCGCCAUCAUCAUUUCAUCGAGGAAAAUCCUCAAUUUUAUGACGGUAAAGUGCGAUUACAGAGAUUAGAACGUCCGACUGUCAUUAAAAUCAGUGCACCGUUAACAACAGCUACUCCUAAACAUAAGACUGAAAAAACACCAUCUCCUUUAAUGCCAUCAAUGACAACUGAAUGUCCAUCAAAUACCACAAUUGUUCCGACACUGGCAGCAACUCGUCCACAUCAGAAUCAGGAUAAUAAUAGCAACAAUAGCUUAUUUAGACGAUUGACAAGCAACAGCCAAUAUCAAAGCUAUGCAACGGCCUUAACUGUAACAAUUGCUGUCGGAUGUUUUUUAUUGCUAUUGAAUGUUUUCAUCUUUGCUGCAAUAUAUUAUCAACGUGAGAAGCGAGCGACAUAUACGAAGAAAAAAGAGGAAUUGACUGAGGCGGAGCAUCAUCAUUCGUCAUCAUCACCAAGUCUUGAGCGAUAUCAGCAGAAAGGUAGUCGUAAGUCAAGUUUACAAAGCGUAUCUGGUACGACUUUUGGUGAAUAUAGCUGUUAUGAUGAGAAAAUACGAUGCAAAGAGAAACGAGCUCUCGUUGAUUUGUGCACCGUUGAAUUGCCAAUGCAAAAAUAUAAAUAUUCGCCACCAUGUGGAAGUACAACUGGAAGUAUACGACGAUCAAUCACGCCCGAGAAUUAUGGACAUAAACAUACGAUGAUGGAUUCAACAACACAAGAUAGUUACACAAUAUUACCGACAUACUCAACACCGCAGAUUAAUGAUUCAAAUAAUCUUGUUACAUACCGUUCCGUAAUUGUACCGAAAGCUGAAUUAUGUAAUCAAGCGACACAAGCCGACUCCCCACCGAGAGUGCACGAUGCAAGCACAAUUGUUGAUGAGAACGAUCAAGAUUUAAAUCCCAUAGAUAAUUUACCAGUGGAUAUACCACCACCACCACGUUCAUCCCUACAAUCGGGUAUUUUGCGGCAAGGAAGUAACGCACCAACAACUCCCGGCACCGCAAAGAAACGUGUACAAAUUCAAGAGAUUUCUGUUUAAAAUUUUUUUUAAAUGUUAGUUCCAGUUCCUUCUCAUCAUCAUCAUUGAAAUUCUAUUCAAAAAUGAAAAAUUUUGUUUAUAAACUUUUCUUGUUGCCGCAAAAUUGACCAGAAUGUAUGAUGCAUGCCAGCAAAAAAAGAACUUAAUUAGUAAGAGAGAAAGUUUGCUGAUGAAGAGCUUUUUGGAA